AUGGAAAAAAAAGCGAAUACUCCCUGGCAAGAUGUCAAUAGAGGAAAUUUUGGACUUCUGUGUGAUCAAAUAAUAACGGAAACCUUUCAACCAGUAGUUUUUCCAAAGGCCUCUGAAAUGUUGCUUGCUUACGACGAGCAUGUUCUAGUCAAUACAUACAAGUUUGGUAUUAUAUAUCAAAGGGUUGCUCAGACAACAGAGGAAGAGUUGUUUGGGAAUAUAACUCACAGUGGUGCAAUGGAAGAAUUUCUGAAUAUGAUAGGUCAGAAGAUCAAGCUAAAAGACUUUCAGGGCUUUCGAGGUGGUCUGGACACCCACUAUGGCCAAACAGGUAACGAGUCUGUGUACACCCACUUCCAAGGCUGCGAAGUCAUGUUUCAUGUUUCUACACUCCUUCCAUAUACUGAAGGAGAUCCUCAGCAGCUUCAGCGGAAACGUCACAUAGGGAAUGACAUUGUAGCCAUCGUGUUCCAAGAAGGCAACACUCCUUUCUCUCCUACCAUAAUAACAUCCAAUUUCAUUCAUGCUUACAUUAUUGUUGAAGUUGUUAACCCUCAGACACCUGAAACAAGGUACAAAGUUUCAGUUACAGCAAGAGAAGAUGUUCCAAAUUUUGGCCCACCCUUACCACAACCAGCUAUAUUUGCCAAAGGAAACCAGUUCCAAGAAUUUCUCCUAGCCAAACUCAUCAAUGCCGAACAUGCUUGUUAUAAAGCAGAAAAAUUUGCAAAGUUGAAGGAACGUACACGAGCUUCUCUACUCCAUUCCCUCCACGAUGGCCUUGUGCAAAAAACACAGGAAUUCUGUGGUGCAGGCCUGUGUUAUGAGAAUAGUAGGACUGAAAUGAAUGGUACAAGUUCCCGUUUUUUAGACUCUGUUCGGAGAGCGCUGACAGGUCGAAAUCGCAGUCAAUCCAUAGAGUCUAAUUUGUCCAACAUCUCUCAGAAACGGUCUGCAGCUAGCACUAGCAGUAGUGGUGUGAGUGUAAUAACCAUGGGAGAUUCCACUCCUACAAGUACAAAAGGUUCAAUAAAACAUUUGUAUCAGAGAUCCCCUUCUCAAGGAUCCACUCACAGUCGAAACAAUGACAGCCUAGGUGGAGGGUUUCACGAACGUUCGGGUAGUGGACCUAAUACGCCCAUUUCCAGCCCUGAAACCCCACCGCUGAUGCAACGUGUUACGUACGAGUCAGAUACCUCGAGCUUAAACAGCUUGGAAUUAGAACGCAACACGACAGCUUCAGAAGACUUUGGUAAAUGUGGUAACAGUGGAAGUCUAAACAACAUCCAGUCAUCUUCUUUAUGCACAGAGAGCUAUAGGUUACAGAGGCCCGAUUGUGAUGCUGUUCAAAGGCAGAUUGAAAACCUAAAACUGGAAGUUGUAAAACUUAAAACAGAAAAGCUAGAACUUUUGAAGCAAAAAAUGUCCAGUCAACGAGAUAUGAAAAAGGUGAAAGAGUCGGAGGUACGACUGACUACAGAACUUUCAAUGAUCAGAAAAGAAAUUCUCAGAUUACGGGCAUUAGACACUGAAGCAUUAGCUAGUACGUAGUUUUUUGCCAUCGUUGGUAGUGUUACAUAAAGGUGAAGCAAACCUGUAGCAUGAAUGUCAGGUCCAUGUCCAUAAUGGUCGGCACGACACUCACUACAUUAGUCAGAAUAGUGAUCAAUGUGGCAAUAGAAUGUAAAUAUCUAUAGUUAAAAAGUGCAUUUAUACAACAGUCAGUGUGGCUAUAGUAGUAAAGUGUUUUGUCUUUUAGAAUUACAUAAAUUAUGCAGUUCUACAAGAGCAAAAUGUAUACAUUUACGUUAAAAUACACAGUUUGGACAUGCUACUGGUCAAGUGAUAGACUGGAUUGUUGCAAUUGUCUGGUUGUGACAAAGAAAACCAAACCUCUUAACUGUGUAUAAGAGUGAAAAAAAAAACAAUGAGGUGUUACUGCAUUCCAUAGUGACUUCAGUUAUUAACCAGUCAUCUUGCACUGUUUUUGUAUUCAGCGUAAUUUUGUUACUUCAGAUGAGUAGGUAUUAAACCUUUCUAUAAGAAGUACUACAAAUAGGUAGUUUGAUUUCCUCAUUAUCAGCAGUAGAACUGGGUGAUUAACUCAAUUACGUAUGAUCAAAUUAUAUCACAAAAAUAAUCAGUCAUCGAAAUUAUUGUUUCUGAUUAAUGUCAUGCCUCAGCCAUUAUUAAUUUUGAUUAACGUCAUGCCUCAUGAGAAUAAUCAAGUAAUCCAAAUUAGUAUUUUCACUUAUUAUUGUUUUCAAGUAUUCCAAUUUUCCAACACUAAUGUGUGAAUAAUCAAUUAGUUGAAUGUUAUCAGAUUUCGCUAAUCAUCCAGCUUUAACCAGCAAGAGAUAUUGUAAAAAUUUACUUUUCCGUUUUCUAAUGAAGAUUCUUCUCAUACCCAAGUAUUUAUUAGCCAGUUUGCAAGUAUUAUUAUGUUUUAUUUGGAGGCUUUUGAAUACAGUUUUCAGACUGAUUCACCCUUGUUCUUAUUUCUCAGUAUCAUGUUUAUUAAGUGCUUGAAAAACAUUAACGUUUUCAGACUUUGUUAUCUCACUGCACUUGAAAAUUAGUAGCUCAGAAUUAACUCAAAAAAUUGUGCUAGUCUAGAGACAUUUAAUGUAACAUUAUUAAAUAUUUUUAAGCAGAGGAAACCACCUUUAUUAAUACUAAGCCACCUCGGAUAUAGCUUACGUUUGAAAAUUGAUAAAUAUGGAAGUUGGGAAAUGAUAAUAAAAGGGAAGAUUUCAAAAAAACAA